CUCCCAUCUGCUCUCCCCUUUCCUCUCUCUUUUCCCUUCUCAUCUCUCUUAGCACAUCCUACUCGACAUGGCCACCCGUGGACGUGGACGCGGAGUCAGUACGAACCCUCGAGGCGCCUCCCUCGUUGGUCGCCGCGGUCGCGGAGGUGGUCCCGCUGUUGUGCCACUCGGUGGCUCCGCAUCCCUGAACGGCAAGGCCGGCCGUCCUGUCAACAUCAAUCCCCAUGUUACGACAGUCGGCGUCAAGCGUCCCAACUUUGGCACCGCUGGACGGUCAUUGGAGGUCUUCGCCAACUCGUUCGAAACUUCGUUGCCGGAGGGUAUCAUCCAUCAUUAUGACGGUGUGAUACAUCCCGACGAGAAGACCCUGCCUGCGAAGCUCAACAUGCGCCUCAUCGAAUUCCUUCAGAAGAACGUCGCUCUUGGGAUGUUUACCCCACCUGCCGUAUACGACGGGCGCAAGAACCUGUUCGCCAUUCGCGCGCUGCCGUUCCCAGGAGGGGCGGAGUCGCAUGAUUUCAGCUUCACAUUCGGUGAUGACACUGGUCAUCCGCCGAAAGACUUCACCGUAUGGUUGACGAAGGUCGCGGAGAUCAACCCCGAGACAUUGCGCCGUUUCAUCGUCGGCAAACAGAGCCAUGAUAAUCACGUCCUCACUGCUAUCACGGCUCUGAACGUCGUCGUUCGCAUGCAACCUAGCUUGACCUAUCCGUGCAACACUCGGUCGUUCUUCACCCCUCAUGAGGUCUCCGCCAUCGGGGGCGGCAUCGAACUGUGGCGCGGGUACUUCCAAAGCGUCCGUCCCGGCAUCGAACGGUGCUUCAUAAACGUCGACAUCAGCACCGGUGCUAUGUUCCGCGGCGGAUCCCUCAUCGAGCUCGCCCUCGACGUCCUUGGCCGCCGCCCGAACGACAUCACGGUCCUCUCCCCCAAGAACGGCCUCCCGAUCCGCGAGGUCAUUCGCCUGCAGCGGCAGAUCGCCGGCGUGCGCGUCACAACGGGCGUCCCAGGCGCGCCGCCGAAGACGCGGACCGUGAAGAAACUAACGACGAGCGGGGCGUCGCAGCUGAUGUUCUUGAAGGACAAGCAGCGAAUCUCGGUCGCCCAACACUUCCAGUCCCUCGGGAUAAAGUUGAAGUACCCAGAUCUCAUAUGCGCGGAGGUUGGCAAUGGCGCCCUUAUUCCGCUCGAGUUGUGCCGUGUCCCGCCUGGACAAUUGAUGCGCAAGCAAGUCCCGGCGGACAAGACGGACAAAGUUGUCGAGUUUGCGACGCAGCCGCCCCAGCAACGGAUGCGUGCGAUUCAAGAUGGCCGUGCAGUGCUGGCAUACGGCCAGUCAGAGUACGUUCGGGCCUUCGGCCUGAACGUCAACACGGAGCAAGGCCUUGUCAAGGUCAACGCCCGGGUCCUUACCCCACCCAAGCUCCAGUAUGGUAAGGGCUCGAAGCAGGCAACGAUCCAACCCAAGGACGGCGCGUGGAACAUGAUCGACAAGAAGUUCUACGUCGCGCAGACUAUCACGCAAUGGGUGAUCGUCAAUUUCGAGGGUCGCUUCAACGACAACUUGAUGGAGGAGCUCAUCGCCGGUUUCGUGGGCGCGUGUCGCGAGGUCGGGAUGGAUAUACCGAGUCGGCCCAUCCACAAAGUACCCAGGGCAAAUGGGCAAGCUAGCAUCAGCAAGCAGCUCGACGAUGCCCGCGAACAGUGCCAGAAAGCUAAAGGGGUCAAUCCCACCCUGAUCAUUGUCGUCCUGCCGGAAAACGGCAACGACAUGUACACGGAGGUCAAGUUCUGGGGUGAUAUCCAGAACGGUAUACCCACACAGUGCUUGAAGGCCAAGAAGUGCACUCGGGCGAAGCCGCAGUACUACGCGAAUGUUUGCCUUAAGGUUAACGUGAAGAUAGGCGGCAUCAACACGAUUCCCGAGGCCUCGUCUGUGCCCGUGCUGAUGGAUCCGCAUUACCCGACUGUAAUCCUCGGCGCCGAUGUCGUUCAUCCGGCACCCGGUACUGAAGGCCGACCAUCAUUUACCUCCGUUGUUGGCAACGUCGACUCCCAUAAUGCGAAGUACAUCGCGACUGCUCGUGUACAGACUGGACGCCAGGAGAUUAUCGAGGGCCUGGGGGACAUGGCAAAGCACAUCCUCGAAAUGUACAAGGACUACCGUACAAUUAAGGAGGAGAAGUCGCCGGGUGCAGCGGCACCUAAGCGCAUCAUCUUCUUCCGCGACGGUGUUUCCGAGGGCCAGUUCAAGGCUGUGCUGGAGCAGGAGCUACCUCUGCUGAAAAAAGCCUGCAAGGAGCUGGGAAUCGACGCGAAGAUCACGAUGAUCAUCGUGGCCAAGCGCCACCACCAGCGCUUCUUCCCUAAGGACCAGCGGGAUGGUGACCGCCGCUCUGGCAACUGCCCUGCUGGCACCGUCAUCGACUCGGACAUCGCGCACCCCACCGAGUUCGACUUCUACCUGCAGUCGCACGGCGGCCUGCUCGGCACUUCUCGCCCUGCGCACUACUCUGUUCUCUACGACGAGAACAACUUCACCGCUGACAGCCUGCAGUCGCUGUCGUUUGCGCUGUGCCACUUGUACGCGCGCAGCACUCGCAGCGUGUCGAUCCCGGCGCCGGUCUACUAUGCCGACAUCGUGUGCGCGAGGGCCAAGACGCACUACGACCCGGCUCAGAGGGUCGACUCUUCUGAGUCCGCAGGCGACAGCGAGGAACAGCCAGCGUCACUUGAUGCCUUCAAGCGCGACUUCAGGGCGCUUCACGCGGCACAAGCGCGUCGUAUGUACUUCUCGUAAUUCGCGCCGCUUUACUGUAUUUCUAUGCUCCUGCAAAUCUCGCCAUAUCUGUCUCGCUGUACAAUUAUUGAUUAUCCUAGCACGAGUGCCAUGGAAAUAUCAUUCUAUCAAUAUCGAUAUCCUUGACGCGCUUG